GCGCGCGGUACGCGCGCGCCGUGCCGGCGAUAAUGCGAGCGUUUCCAAAAAAAAACGCGCGCGUCAGACAGCGCGCGGCAGCAGCCGGUCGAGGAGCGGCGGCGGCGGCGGCGGAUCGUGCGCUCGGACGCGUCGCCGUGAUACGCGUUCUCGGCGACAACGGAGCGGCCGGAUGGCAUCGUGUCUCAUCGCCGGCGUCGAAACAAGUGUCUGUAUACAAGAUGGCGACGCCCGGGGCUCUCACUGUCGCGGAGAUCGCCAGGAAGUAGCGACGGCGGCGUGCGGCGUUGCGCUGCGACGGGCGCGUCAAGUGUGAGGUACGAAGAGGCGCGGAGGAGGAGGAGGCCGACGUGCGCGCUUCUGCGACGGCGACGACCUGACGUCCAGCCAACCAACCCGACCAACCGACCGGUGCGGCGGUGUAGUGCGCUGCGCUGCGGCGCGGUGCAGUGUGUGUGUGCGCGCGUGUCCGGGUAGAGCGACAUCGAGCAGCGAGUAUCGCAACGGCGGCGUCGUCGUCUCCUCAAAGGAUGUGGCCCGAAAGACGAAGGAGAAGACAGGCGGCCCGCUGAGCCUCUUCCUUCUUAGCCCCGCGGGUGGUUGGCUAGCUGGCGCGCCUGACGGGCACGCAGGUAGGCGACCAAGUGGCUUCUCGGGAUCGGGGGAGAGGGUAGUAGUCGGACACUGGGCAACGUUGUCGCAGCGGAAGGAACUCGCACGUCCCGGACGGCCGUUCAUUCGGCGUGUACGCCGCGGCUGCUUCGGCGUCCAUCAUAGUUCUCGCCCGUCCGGGUGAGGUGUGCGGUCGUCUUCUCUCUUUCGCCUCCUCGUGAGUGCGUAACGAGGCUAGGAAACGAGGUGCCUCAACACGUUGUGCGUCGUCCUAUAGAGACUUAACGUCGACGCUGCUACGGGAACGAAGGACAGAGAAGGACGCGCGUGAACUUCUUCGGGAGGGAGCGAGCGAGCGAGAAAGAGAGAGAGAGAGAGAGGAGAGAAAGAGAGAGAGAGAGAGAGAAAGAGUGUGUGUGUGUGAGAGAGUCGCGUCGUAACGGCGCUGACGAUAUCGGCAACGCGACAACGACGACGGAGACGAAGACGGCGGCGACGAUGACGACGAUAGAGUCGAAAGUGAGGUACGACGAGCUUUGUCGCCUGUGCGCGUCCUACAAUGCCGUCAAGGUGGACAUAUUCGGCCCGGAUGGCAAGGACCGACAACUCGUCGACAAGAUUUUGGUCUGCCUCCAGUUCAAGAUAUCGGAAGACGAUGGUUUGCCGAAAUCUCUAUGCACUAGAUGCGUGUAUAAUUUGGAGAAUUUUUACGAUUUUAGAACUGCAUGCAUCAAUGCAGUUGCUUUGUUAGAGAGAUGCCAGCCAUCGAGAGAUGCGGCGAACAAUGACGGUGCAGAUAAUGCCGCGCAAUGCGACGAAGUGCAUGCGGAGUUUCUCAAGGAGAAGAAAAACACACCGGUGCUUAUCCCGGAGGCGCCUAUAGUCAAUCCUAAUGCGGCGUUAGGCACACCACCGAGAUUGAAUUCCGACGGCGAAGCGGAUCCGGAGGUCGAAGAGAUCCUCGACACGAGCGAGGGCACCGAUGAAGCGACAGUGGUCGAUGACUCGGAGGAUCGAAGAUCGGAAUACGAAUAUGAGAUGGACAUGGAGACGAAUCCCAGCGACUUCUUGGAGAUGACACCGAUGGUAACCGAGGAUAACGAGGAGUGCGACGCGAAAAACAUCGUCGCGACGACUCCCCAGGACAACAAUGCCGCGGUUUUUCAGCACACGUCGCAGCAGCACGAGGUGUAUGUUUGUUCUUUAUGCAACAAAGCGUUCAGUUCCAAAGGUCACUUGUCUCUUCACGCGAGGAUUCACGUGGGUGAGGGCGAUGUGAUCGGGGAGAAAGUUAUCACCGACGAUCACACGUCGUUCAAGCGGCCGUACCAAUGUGAUCUCUGCCAUAAAUCGUAUUCCACCGCGAAGCACCGAUGGGGACACGUUUCUACGUCGCACAGAGGACAUCCUGCCGUGACGUGCAGAUACUGUUCGAGGAUAUAUUCGACGCGAAUAAAUCUCGAGGAGCAUGUGAAGUCGCGGCACGCUGGUCUACCGGCACCGCCCCCGAACCUGCCGGUUUCGUUCUUCCGCUCGGAUGCGCGCCAUCAGUGCAAAACAUGUCCAAAGGUGUUCGUCGACCAAGCGGACUUCAACGCGCACAGCCAGAUCUGCACGGAGGAGCAGCAGCGUAUGGCUUUGCUGGAGAAGAUCGAGCCAUUACAGAGCAACAAGAGCCUGGCCGACACGUCCGACAUCUCCAGCAUAGACACGGACGACGAGAACAAAGACUACAGGAACGCCGAGGCUAAGUUGGCGAAGAAUCCGCAGCUGACUAUACUGAAGCAAGCGUUGACCAAAGGAGAGAGCCUGAAACGGGACUACGACGACAGCUCGACGCCCGAUUGCAAGCCGAGAAAAAUCGCUAAGAUAGACAACUGCGAGGCGAAUCCUCCGAAGAGAUGGUACUGCGAAGCGUGUCCGCAGAGUUUCACGUCGGUGGACAGCUUAAAGGAGCAUGAGAUCACGCACGAGGCCGAGAAACCGUUUAUUUGCAUACUGUGUCAGAAGGAUUUCGUGCUGAAGUCCUCAUUGAGCAGGCAUAUCGUGACGAUACACGGUGUCGAUCCCACGCCUAUCGUUGAUAGUGAUAAAUGCCUGAAGAGGGCCGUGAUGCCUCCGAGUUGGAACGAUCAAAUGGACGUCAGUGUUUACGAGCAAGACGAGAUGAAGGAAUCGCGAGAGUUCUCGUCGUCACCGGAGGAAAAUCUGGAGAACGACGAGAAGGAUUCCAAGAACAAUCACGAGAACAUGAUAGAAAUAGAAACGGUGUUUGUAUGCGAAAUUUGCACGAGAGAUUUCAACGAUCGCGCGUCGUUGUGGCUGCACAUACGGGCGACGCACAAGGAAUUCGCCGCGUUCGCCUGCGGAGUGUGCCUGAAAAUCUGUUCGGACAACACGCAGCUUCAGAAUCACGUCAACAUGUACCACGGGGGAUCCAAACUUUUGAUAUCGGAACAAAGGAGGUACAGCUGCACGAUAUGCGGCAGGCAACAUGACUCGAGGAAAAAGCUGAUUGCUCACGUCUCGAUACACAACGUCGAUCCUGCCUACGACCCAGCGCAUUUUGUACAGUUAAAUAGUAAUUAUUACAACGAGAACUUGAACGUUAACGAAGGAAACGAGCAGGCGUUGGACUUCGACGGUGAGGACGGCGAGAAGGUCGAUUGUUACAUCUGCAACAAGUCGUUCCCGAACGAGGAUCAUCUUAUACGGCAUCAGAGGAAUGCUCAUAAGUCUGAACAGGUACUUCCAGUGAACGUAGCGGGAGGCGGAAAUGUACUGAGCGUCAACGGUAAUGGCAAUAAAGGGCAGUCUCAUUUGUUUUACGUGUGCGAGCUUUGCGGCAGUUCUUACUCCAGUAAAUGGGAACGUUGGCUGCACAUCAAUAACGCGCAUAACGAUGUAUCUUCCAUCAGGUGCGAAUUCAAGGACUGUGGGAAGAUAUUCGCGACGAAGUCGUUGCGCAACGAUCACAUCCAGCACCAUAUGGUCCAAGGCGCCUCGCCGAACACCUGCGAGGUGUGCGGCAAGUUGUGGGCCACUCGGGUCGACUAUUGGAAACACGUGAUGGGAGUACAUUCGGACACAGUGCCUAGGGUUUGUGGUGUUUGUCUAAAGAUAUUUCCGGACGUGAUGCAGUUAAGCAGACACGUGAAGGAGAAACACUGGCCGUUGACCGGCGGCGAUUUUUGCUGUGAUAUUUGCGGUAGGCCCUAUUCCAAUAAAUCAAAGAUGUCCCGGCAUAGGAAGAUCCACGGCUUGGAGGUGGACGCGUGUGAUAAUAGCAGCAGCAUUAACGAAACGACCAACGAAUCGUCCAAGCUCGAUCACAACGGCGCCGCGGAGAUCGAGCUGAGCUGCGACCAGUGUCCCGACCUCAAGUUCUCGACGCUGGACAGUUUGUGCAAUCACAGACGUAUAGUGCACAGUCUCUUCCCGUGCGACCUGUGCAACAAGUGCUACGGCAGAACGUCGCACUUGUGGAAACACGUGAACAGGGUGCACAAGGGUCACACGGACGUCACCUGUCCGUACUGCCUGAAGACCAGCGCCUCGCGGGAUCACCUGAUAGCGCAUAUCGCGAAGAUCCACAGGUACGAGCCCGACGUGGGCAAGGACAGCAUGAAUUGCGCCACUCCGAAGUCCUCCAGCAUCGACGACGGUGUCCUCCAUUACUGCGAGAAGUGCAACAAAGGAUUCCACAAGCGUUACCUGCUCAGGCGUCACAUGAAGGGCUGCCAGAACUACCGCAAGGAUCCGGGCGCGCUGUUGACCCGCUGCCGGGCCUGCGAGCGCAUAUUCAAGGAUCGAGCGAGCCUGCAGAAACACAUCGAGAAUCAUCACAGCACGUACACCUGCCACUUGUGUAACGAGACGAUCACGUCCAAGUUGGGCAUCAUGACGCACAACCGCGUCAACCACAUGGACCACCCGGACCUGACGUGCGACCACCCGAACUGCAAGAAGCUGUUUCGCACCAAGGAGGACCUGGAGUCGCAUCGGAAGGACCACAAGCACCACACCAACCUGAACGUCUGCGACUUCUGCGGCGACACCGUGGAGAACAAGCUUAAGCUGAAGAUGCACGUGCUGUCGUUGCACCGGAACGAGAUCGGCGUGUCCUGCGGCGUCUGCCUGAUACCCAUGAAGGACCCGAAGGACCUGAAGAAGCACGUCGAGACGGAGCACAGCGGCGUUCUCUCCAAGCCGAACACGUGCCAGGUGUGCGGCAAACAGUACGCGUCCAAGUGGAAAGCCUUCGACCACACGAAGAAGUGUCACGGCAAGGUCUUCCUCACGUGCAAGCAGUGCCUGGCGGUCUUCACGGACGAGAACGACAUACGCGAGCACUACGAGCACGUGCACAACGUGCCGAAGGACCAAUUAGCCGCGUUCGAGUACAGGAUGGACCUCGGCGCCAAGCGGGAGGGCUACGAGACCCCGGACAUCAUCGUGAAGGAGGAGCCGGACGACCUCGAGUUUGACGAGGAGCUGUGCGACGAGGACUCGAGCGACGCGAAGGGCAAACGGCCGGCGAGCGACACGUACGACUGCGAGAUGUGUCCCGAGAUGUUCCUCAACUCCGAGACCCUCUCCAAGCAUUACCAGAACGUCCACAACACCGAUCCGGUGCGCAUGUUCAAGAAAUUCAAGAAAGACAACGGCAAGCGCAAGAUGAGGAAUAGGAGCAACUUCGAGUGCAAGAACUGCAAGAAGCAGUUCUCCACCAAGACCCUGUUCUGGAAUCACAUCACGGUGUGCACGCGACGGGGCGUCCUGGGCAGGCUGGAGAUGCCGAACAUCCCGAACUCGAUCCUGGAGUCCCACCUGAAGAACAACAAUCAGAUCAAGCGGGAAGAGCCGAUGCUGAUGGCGACGAACGAGUCGAAUCUCAACAUCCCCGACUUCAACUUGUUCGAGGACAUCAAUAUGCAACUUUCGGCGCAGAAACCGGUGCCGAAUCUCAUGCCGUUGUCGCACAUGAAGCCGGCGGGCAACGCCGGCAAGUGUUCGCGCAAGGACUCCCGCAAGGUGUACGACGAGUCGACCAACACCGAGUGCACCUGCGAGGUCUGCGGCAAGCAGUGGCCCGCCAAGAAGCACCUCUGGCAACACCUGAUCCGCUUCCACCGGGCCGAGGCCGCCGUCACGUGUGGCGUCUGUCUCAAGCUCUGUAAGACCUACCAGGACCUGGCCGACCAUCUGAAGGCCACCCACGCGGCCAUACUGUCGUGCGAGGGCAACAAUUUCACCUGCAAGACAUGCGGCAGGUAUCACAACGCGAGGAGCAAAUUGUUACUGCACACCAGCAUCCAUAUCGGCAUCACUGGGAACCACUGUUGCCAAAAGUGCCAGCAAGGCUUCAUCAGCGAAGAGAAGCUCGCCGAGCACGCGGCCGGCUGCAACGGCAAGUCCGAGUUCGAGGAGCACGCGGAGGACGACAACGGCGAGAAGAACGACGACAACGACGAGAAGGGCAGUCUGAUCGCCGACGAGACGUCGGUGAUCGGCGAAGGGGACGAGGGUGACCUCGAGUCGGAGGCCGAAGGUAACGACGACGGCAUCCACGAGGAGGACAGUAACAGCGACGACAACUCGGAAGACAGCGACGACUCGGAUAGCAGUAACAGCAGCUCCAGCGAUGAGGAGGGGGGCGGCGGCGGCGACGAAGAGGAGGAGGACGAGGAGAACGAGUCCGAGCCGGACACGAGGACCAACAGCAGAGCGACCGGUGACGUGUCGUGCAAUUCCGAGAGCGUCGACGACUCCGACUCCGACGUGGAGAUAAACGAGAUCGAGGACAAGCCUGUAGUAAGUGAUAUCAACAGUUUUAGGAUACGCGGCGUGCAGGAACAGCAGUCCGGCAUGGGCGGUGGCAGGAGCGCGGAGAAACCGAAAGCCGAUUUCGCGCCCGUCGUCACCGCCGAACAAGCUAAGCAGAAUAAUUUGAACAAGUUGAUGGCUCCCCGCCCGCCCGCCAACACGGACGCGUUCAAGCCGUUGUAUCUCGAGAAAACCGUCAAAGUCGCGGUGCGCGAGGUGAAUUUGUCCGAGGAUGACGACGACAACGAUGACGACGACAACAACGAUGAGGGUCGUGAAAAUGAGAAUUACGAGGAAGAGGUGAAAGAAGAAGUUGAUGAUGACGAUGAGGAUGAUGAGGAGGAAGAGGCGGAGGAGGAGAAGGAUAGAAGAGAAGAAAGAGAAAGAGGUGAGGGUAAUAUCGGUAAUAAUAACGAUGAUGAUAAUGACGAUGAUGACAAUGAUGACGACGACGACGACGAUAACGAUAAUAAUAUUAUUGUUAACGAUGACAAGGAUGAAGAUAACGACGACGAUAAUGAUGAUGAUGAUGACGAUGAUGACGUCGAUAAUGAUGAUGAUGAUGAUGAUGACAACGGUAGUGGUGGUGGGGACGGUGUUGGCGAUGGUAGUAAUAAUGUUGAUGGUAACGAUAAUGAUAACGAUAAUAAUGAGGAAGGGAAAGAGCAGGAAGAUGAGGAGGAAGAGAUGGAGGAGGUGGAGGAGGAAGAAGAAGAGGAGGAGGAGGAGGAUGAGGAGGAGGAAGAAGAGGAGGAGGAAGAGGAGGAGGAAGAGGAGGAGGAAGAGGAGGACGAUGGAGAGCAGGAGGAGGAGGAGCAAGAGCAAGAACGAGAGCAAGAGAAUGAGGACGAUGAUUAUGGCGGCCCGCCCGUAUUAAGCCCGGUAAUGCCUCGGGAAAACGAGACGGAGGAGCAGAACGGUAUGAUGGACCGCACGAGGCACAAGCUCAGCCCUAUGGUGCCGCUGAGCAUGCACGUCGACAAGGGUCUGAACGAAUGCGAGAUCACGGAGAUACAGAAUGUGGAACACGCGGAGCAGCACGUGGUGGAUGCUUCCUCGAUAUCGAACGCGCCGAAUUUCUUCGCAGCCAACAACAACAUCCUGCGCGUCAUCUGGGACGAGGACUCGGACAACGCGGCGGCCGACGAGGAUCGCGAGCGCGACUGUGACUCUGAGAUCGGCGGUAUGCGGGUAUUGGCCGGCAACGGGCAAUUCUGCAAGAUGGAGGCGAACGCGGAUAGCGACGACUUCGAGGAAGAUUCCAUGAACGGCCACGAGGAAGGCCACGCGACGGUGGAAGAUAGUGGUAGGGACGGGCAGAUGCAUUGCAAUCUGGACGGGACUGUGUUAAUGGUGGCUAAUGAUUCGGAAGGUAAUCAGAUUUUGAUCGAACAAAACGUCUUAACCAUUGGUAACGAGGACUCUAACGCCGAGACGGCGCAAUAUAUUUACCCAGAGAGCGCGUACGAGAUCGCAGAUUACGCGAGCGCACGGAACGAAAGUGACGGCAUGCAGACGGACGAGAUACAGGGUAUAUCGUACGUACAGGAUACGUCGGAGAACGAGGAGGAGGAGGAGGAGGAGGAAGAGGAAGAGGAAGAGGAAGGAGAAGAAGGAGAAGAAGAAGAAGAUGAAGAUGAAGAUGAAGAAGAAGACAGCGUGGAGGAAGAAGACGUCGGGGAAAACGGUGAUAACGCGCGAAAGUAGGACUCGAGUGCCAAAACGAAAAGAGAGUUAGGGUAUAUGUGACUCUGUAAUAUAUAUAUAUAUAUAUAUACAUAUAUAUAUAUAUAUAUAAAAUGUAAGAUAAUCGAUGCGCGCGCGAGCUGAAAUGUGUUGGCUGAAGCCACCAAAAAACAUGUCAUAUGUACCUUGAAAAGCGAUACAAUAUUGUACAGUAUAAUUUAAGCGUAAAGAAUACCCAUAUAGGACUUUUGAUAGAGAGGAUAUGCGCGCGAGAGGGUGGCGAUUCCACCCCACCCCACUUCCCCCUCCCCCCUCUCCCAUACACAUAUACACAUACACAUAUUGCAGGGAAACGUGACAUUUUCAUUUUCAUUGAUCUGCUGAGACCGUUGCAUCCACGAAGUUGACAUUUGACGCGUUAUCGAUAUUACGAACUCCACGAAAAAAGAAAAAGAAAAAAACGAAAAAAAAAUGCGCCCAGUUCUCUUUUCGAGAAGUUAUAACGAGUACCGUUAAUUUCUUUCAUUUGUCGGCACGAUUGUACUCCGUAAGUAUUACGUUAUUGUAAUAAGAAAAGUAAACGAGCAUGCGAUUUGUGGUAUCUUUUUUUACGCUUCUGAUACGAAGAAGGUAUUAAAGGUAUUGAUUACUGAAUAUUUCGUUAUUUACAUCGGCAGUGCUUUCUUGACAAUAAUACACCGAGUGACGGUCCCCAUUCUUUGCGAGAUUACCAUCCGUUAGGCAAUAGAAUGCGAUCGUGAAAUUGUUGUCGGAUUUUAUUGAUGACCGUGUACAGUCAUACAUUGUGUCACUCGGGUGCCCGGAAGGGCAACUUCGGACAAAAUUCGAGAUUCGUACGAACGUUUUUACACUGGGUUUUUACAUUGGGUUUCAAAACGGAUUCCGAGCCUUUUUUUUGAAGGCGAUUCAGAACGCGCGGUUGAUGGUCCAAUGAGAAUUUGAUGGCAGGGUUGCCACAGACCUGGGAAAUGUCAGAAAGGUCAGGGAAUUUUAAAAUUCAUUUUCUGUGGCAACCUUGUCCUCUUCAUUUUCGGGAAUCAGUCAAAAAAUAAAUUCCCUCAUUGGACCGUCGGGCGCGUCCCAAGGAUCGGAAACGAACAAAAAAACGUUCCAACCGUUUUGAAACUCAGUAUACAAGUCAGUAUACAACAGACAUUUUGAUAAAAUCCGCGUGGGAUUGCAGGCCACAACACUUCCCGAAACACGUCGAUUUACGAUGUCGUACAAUUUUUAACGAGGAAAAGAAAAAAGGAACUUCUGAAGUCUUCUGAAGUCAGUUCGGACGUUCCUUUUUUCCUCUCGUUACAUUGUUUACAUGUUAGAUUAAUCAUACGUGACACGUAUGGAUGGAUCUUUUUGGAACGUUGUCGUAUGCAAGUAGCGAUGAAUUUUUAAAUAAACAAUUUUCUAACAGCACGUUACGCUUCCUUGUUCCUGUAUUAACGUGUACAUACAUAUGUUAAUCGAUCGUUAAUAGUGUGACGUAAAAGAGUUGAAAUCGACGACAGAGGGAGAUCCUCGGUUUUAAAGCUUUUCUUCGGGAAAUUGUUCGUGUAAAUACAUUCAAAUGCUUCGGAAGUUACUUGGCAAGCCUUGCAAUUUGGCGUUGAUUUUAUUAUAAAAUCUCCUGACACUCCCGCUCCGUCUCUCGUACAGUUGUUAUUCAGGGACGGAUACACAACUUGACCGAGUAAUUUAAAACCACGCUACAAGCGGCAAGAAACUGACGAUUGUGUUAGGAGGGAAAGUAUUGCCGCGAAGUUUUAAUCAACGAAGGAAAGGACAAAAUGCAUUAAUUUGAACUCCGUUGGUUCUACGGUCGGUCAUAAGACGGUAGCAACACUUCUUUUUUUCCGAUGGGUUUCGUAACGCAUCUCCAAUAGGAAGACGUGUUUCUCGAAGAUUACUAAAACAUGAAUUCUCUUAUUGGGCAUAGGAUGCGUUCGCAAACUUGUCAAAGGAAAAAAAAAUACAUUAAAACCGUCUUGUCACUGACUGUAUAUCAUCACUCACGACCAUUUUCGUCCAUUGAUCAAUCUUUCAACUUAAUCUCCCGAUGUUCCCCCCCUCUUCCCUUCCCUCUUUCUUUCUCCGUUCGUUUUAAUAAAUUUAAUUUCAUCAUUAUAGCAAAUAAUAUAUAGUGAAACGGAAUAACUCGACGGAAUAACGAACUAUCAAUAAUACUGCGCAAUUCAGAGGAAUCAUAUUGUAAUGGAAGCAGCAAAGUACCAUCCACAUUUUACGUUAAGACAGACUUAGCAUUCUACUAGGGUUCUUCUAUCUAGCGUUACGGAGAGACGAAGAACAAGCGAAAAAAAGCCCGUGCAUUCUCGAUAUAUAUUUUUAUGAAAGCGGAAGAAAGCAAAAGUUACUGUAAAUAAUAGCUUUAAAUCGAUCGAUAUGUACAGUUGGUGAUGAUGAUGUGAGCGUGUUUCUACGUGUGCAUGAAUUCGUGUGUGCGUGUGUCAAGUGAUGCGGGAGACGCGACUGAAGAAAAAAAAAAAACUUACAUAUACAUAGUAUGUUAAUGAAUGAAAACGUACCUCGAUUACAAUAUUAACGAUUAGUUGAGAUUUUAGUAGGGCUACUGUACGAUUGCUUUGUAUCAUAUAUUAAUUUAUCUCUCUUGCAGACCUUUUCUUUUUGUUUACUUUAAGAAGCCGAAGAGCUAUCCAUCAGUAAUAUCAGUAUAGGAUCUUUGUGUAUUAAUAUUUACGUUCGGAAUGAGAGAUGUUUGGGUAUGUAUAAUUUCGGAACGUUUUUUUUUUAUGCAUGUGUAGCGAAAGUGGUAGGUUAGAGGAACGAGAACGGCGUGAACACGUAUGUGUCUCGUCUAUUCACACCUUGUCGAUUUCUAACAAUUACGUGAGCGAUCUCGUCCUCCCGCGAUCUUUUUUCCCUUAUUAUUUAUUAUAUUCAUUCCAAAGUAAUUGUUAAGGUACGUUAGAUCGUACGAACGAUCAUACAACCGAUUUUUGCCAUUUGUAUUAUACGAUUGUAUAUGAACGAUCUAUCACGAAAUGUUGCGGAGAAGGAGGUUGGAAUUGGAGAAUAUUAUUUAGGAUAAACGAUUUUUAACACUGUGUCGUAUAUUCAGUAUUGAUCCCAUACCAUUUUAAAUAGUGUCCUCUCUUCUUAUACAGCGGCUAACGAUCUACGCGCGAUCUACGAUGCGACGUUUCGAAUAGAAGUACAACUGAAAAUGCGAAAUAUUGUUACACUUUAAGUUAAUAGGCCGAUUAUAAUGUUAAAUGGGUAUCGGGUGAUGUCGCGAUGGACAUUAAUGUCGGUCCCGGAGCUAAAUUGCAGAUCGCCCGGUCUAAAAAUGGAUAUGUUAAUGGCAACUGAAGAGCCCGCGAGUCUGGAAUGGACAUCAAUGUCGGAAUGUCGGACCUCCCGUUUUUUCAAAGUUUUACCUCGCUCUGCGGCAGAUCGAUCGCAGAUCAUAUGUGUUGUGUAAUACAGACUCUUUGCAAGGAAAUUAUAUAUAAUUUCUCAUAAAUUACCACUGUCCGUAUUUGUUCAUAACUCAAAAAAUUAGAUUGUAAUAAUUA